AUGACACAUACAGAUAAUGAGAAAGUGAACUCAAACGCCCUUGUGGAAGCAGUCGAGACUCAGAAGUCCACACCUCAUAACAUCGACGAUGACCCAGUGUACUCUUAUAAAGAACAACGAAAGAUUAUUCGCCGCGUGGACUUCCGUUUGAUAUUAAUGCUGGGGUUUCUUCAUUGUGUUUGUCUCAUCGAUCGUGGUAAUCUAGGAGGAGCUGCUGUGACAGGCAUGAUAGAGGAGCUGCAUCUGGUUGGCAAUCAAUAUAAUGAGAUCGCCGUGUCCUUCUUUCCACCAUAUAUUUGCUUGCAAAUAUUUGGCCCUAUAUUAGUGCGCAAGAUCGGCCCGAUCAACUAUCUAUCUGGCGUUUGCUUCAUUUGGGGAGCGCUGUCGGCUGGAUUUGUCAAUAAAUGGGAGCAAAUGGUUGGGAUACGAGUUAUUAUCGGCGGCCUAGAGGCAGGCUUCUUCCCAGCCAGUGUAUACUUGAUCUCUACUUGGUAUACACGUUAUGACAUUCAACAGCGGUAUGCAAUCUUUUACCUGUUGGGCUGUGUGGCCGCCGCAUUCACGGGUAUUCUCUCAUACGGUCUCACAUUCAUGAAUGGCCUCGGUGGCCUAACAGCCUGGCGUUGGAUCUUCGUGAUCCAAGGACUUCUUACCUCUGUCAUCGCCGUAAUUGGUUGGUUCGUGCUCAUCGACUUUCCCGACAGAAUGAAGACAAGCAAGCGCAAUUUCCUAUCAGAUAGCGAAUAUGACUUCAUAAUGCGAAGGAUUGAAAAAGAUCGAGCAGAUGUUAUCCUCGAGCCCUUCAGCUUAAAAAAGUACCUUGGGGCAGGUCUUGACAUCAAUAUCUGGGCGUUUGGAUUUAUUUACUUUUCGUCAACAACGACCGCCUAUGCUAUUUCGUUUUUCCUGCCGACCAUAUAUGAAGGAAUGGGAUUCUCUAGGGGUGCCUCGCUAUGUCUUUAUGCUCCCCCUUAUGCUGCAGCUGGGAUUCUCAUGGUUGUUACCUCCCGCAUUGGAGACAAGUAUCAUAUCAGAGGCCCUAUUAUUAUUUUCAACGCCCUCGUCACGAUUACUGGUCUUCCUCUUUUGGGCUUCACGAAAGGAAUUGCACCUCGUAUGGUCGGGGCCUUCCUUACCACUAUGGGCUGCAAUGCAAAUAUUCCAGCAAGUAUGGCAUAUCAGGCCAACAAUAUCCGCGGUCAAUGGAAACGAGCCUUUGCUAGUGCAGUAUUUGUAGGACUGGGUGCUUCGGGCGGCAUGACAGGGUCGCUGGUCUUCAGGACUCAAGAUGCGCCAAAUUACCAUCCUGGGGUUCUAACUAGCCUCGGGCUUUCGGUGCUGGCUAUUGUGUUGGUUCUUCUUCUUUCUCUGCGUUUCUAUAUUUUAAAUAAGAAGGUAGCUCGCGGCGAACUGGUGAUUGGGAACUUGCCUGGCUUCAAGUAUACAUAUUGA